GAAUAAUUGAAUAUUGAUUGAUACAAACCUUCGACGUCUUAAGAAGAUUUAAAACUCCAUCCAGGCCUGCAUGACCUGGUUUGACAAUGAAUAGUUCGGACAAAUGAUAGAGAAGAAACAAGAGUGUCUCAGCGCACUGGUAGAGAGAGCAUAAUGAAUUAUUGAUGGAUAUACUCGUAUCACUAAAGGAAGCUAUGGAACUUACAUGGCCCUGGUCUUGGCCGGCUGUGGAUCCACAUCGUGUGCCAUCGACGCGCACCGCGACUCGGCAACAGCGCGGCCGCCCUCUCCCGUCCUCGGCCGACUGUUUCGCUAACAAACGCCCGGCCGCGCCGUCGCGCCCUCUCGCCCUGACCGCGGAAUUAGCAGACGGCGGCCGCGGCGGCGGCGGCGCCGUCGGCGAAACAAAGCGGUGGCAGUGGCGAAGCGGCCAUGGGCGAGCGCGGCGGUCUCGACGCUGGCAGGGGCGGCGACGACGACGUGGGGCCCGCGGCGUGCUGCGCCGUCGUCUUCUGCACCGCCCUCGCCCUCGUCGUGCUGCUGCUCGCUCUGCUGUGGAGGAACGGCUGGGAGUUCUUCUGGUGACGGCCGGCCCUCCCAGGCGCCUGCCGGUGGUUCCUCGCCUGGACAUUUGCACACUG